UUUGUGUUGUGUGUAAAUAAAACAUUCGCUAUGGGAAAACUAGACACUCCUCUGUACAAGCUGUCCGCGGAGGAUCAAAACCGGGUGUACGAGCCGGCCGAAGACAGCUUCCUGCUGUUGGAUGCACUUGAAGACGAGUUGAAUGCCAUCCAACGUUUGCGGCCUUUGUUGACGGUGGAAAUUGGACCGGGAAGCGGUAUUGUUAUAAGUGCCCUAUCGAAAGCCUUGGGCAGUGCCUGUGGUUUCUACCUGGGAGUCGACAUAAAUCCCCAUGCCUGCAGGAUCACAGGGGAAACCGCCCGGAUGAAUUGUCCAGGCUGUCAGGUAGAGGUGAUCAAUAUGAAUCUGUUGGCAGGGUUUAAUUCGGGGUUAGUCGAUUUGCUGAUAUUUAAUCCGCCCUAUGUGCCGACCAGUGAAGUGAGCACAGAAACGGAACUUGAAGAACAAAUCGAUCAGUUUGCCGAGAAGGGCCACGACCUGGUUAAAUCUUGGGCCGGAGGGUUAGACGGUAUGGCCGUCACCAAUAAAGUUUUGCGAGAUCUGGACAGGCUAAUGUCCCCGAAUGGGGUUUUCUAUUUGCUCCUAUUGAAAGAGAAUAAACCGGAUGAGGUUAAAGCGCGAUUAGAGGCUAAUGGGUUUAGAAUGAAAAUAGUGAAGGAGAGGAAAGUCAGGGGUGAACAUUUGUUCGUUGUGAGAAUCACUAGGAAUCCGGACGGAAAUAGUUAAUUUAAUUUUCAAUAUGUAUUUUCGUUUAUACCAUAAAAGAAUUAUUAUUUUAGCAAUGGGUUUUAAUUAUACAUGUAUAUACACUUAAAUUUAAGAAAUAAACCGUAACAUAAUACAGAAAUGUUUUCUGGAUUUAGCGUCGUUAUGCGCUUUACCUUCAAUACAGUUGCGAACAUUCCGCUUUGCUUCCACUAUACACUUUCGACCUGUACAACAUACCUUCCUUUCUGUUUAUUUUCAUAAAUAUACAAAUAAUUGUUUAGAAUAAUAACAUUGAACAACAACUGAUGAAACGUACAAAUAUGAGUGUUUUUUUCACCACUUAUAGCGUUUAUUCUUAUGAAAUGAAAUCCUUCUCUGUUUUCGACGCUCUUGGUGCUAAAAAUCACUUUUUCCACACAACAGAGUUUCAUUUCCUUGGAAACGAUCACUAGAUUUGUGUAUGCUUUGUGUCUUUUGUUUUACGUUGAGAGGAGC